CUAUAGUCCACAUCUUCUUCUGGCCAAGAAUUAUAGACAAGGACCGAGGACUGUGGGUAUCUGCUUCUUCCUGAUGGCAAUGACGACUCACUUAAUCGCAUUCCGGAAGCUGGCGGAUGAAAGUUUUUUGGAUCUCUAAUCUCAGUCGAAUGAAAUGAAAUAGCCGCAGAUGAUGCAACAGCAGAUCGUGUGCAGGAAGAAGGAGAAAGGUCGAGAUCAGAAUUAUCCCUAUAAAGUCAUCGAAGUUACUCCUCCUCCUAAAAGCCUUGGCGUUCGCUGCUUCCCUCCUAACUUGCAAUGUGGAGAUGGUGUGACAAUUGAAGGGCAAAAUUACACAAUCUCAGCAGUAACUCACAGGUAUCAGCUUCGAAAAGGUAAAUAUGAACCUUUUGAGAAGAGGCUUGAUGUUCUCUCCACUGGAAGAUACAUAUUGAAUUUAUAUCUUGAAAAUUUAUUAGAACAAUCUUAAAGAAACAAAUCAAGUAGAUUAAAAUGUAAAUCCCACUUUUAGGUCAAAUAAGAGAAAUGUACAACUUUUACUACUCAUCAUGAUGCUAUUGUAUUGUAUUAUUACUGCA